AUGAAUCGGAAUUUACUCGCAAUAUUUUUUUUGGCGAUUUUUGGUGUCGUUUUGGCGGAUGAUGAUGUUGUUACUUGGUAUAGCACUAUUAAAUUGAUGAACCCGAAUGAUGGAUCAAGGUUGGUGUGGUUUUUUCGGGAAAGAAAUUUUUUUUGAUAUCCAAUUUAUCUAGAAAUCUUAAUACCAUUAUUUUGGUGACAUGGAAAAUUUCAGAAAUUUUUAAAAAUGACUUUAAAACCUUUCAAAAACUAGUAUAUGAAAAAAAUCCCUAGAAAAAUCUCCAGAUGACCAAAAUUUAAUUUUGAAAAGAUAAAUUUGAAAACUCAUACUCGUAAAGUUUUAUAACUGAGCAAUGUUCAAAAUAUCGAUUUCCAUACCUUAAAACUGUAUCAUAAAAAUAUUAAAUUUUUAUUAAUAUGAGCAAUGAUUUUUUAAUCAAAUUUUAGAAAAUAUAGUUUGGAAUCAGAUAAAAAUCCCAGAAUAAAAAAACCUUCAAAAAACCUUUGUCACCCCAAAAACACUUAUUUUUGCAGACUUCAUUCACACGAUGUAAAAUAUGGAAGUGGAAGUGGUCAACAAUCAGUAACCGCAGUCAAAACUUCCGAUGAUAUAAAUUCUCACUGGCAAUUAUUCCCAGCCUUAAAUGAACAACACAAAAGAGGUGAAGCUAUAAAAUGCGAUAGCAAACUUCGUCUGAAACAUUUGACAACUGGAACAUUUUUGCAUUCACAUCAUUUUACUGCGCCGCUUUCGAAACAACAUCAGGUUGGAGUUUUGGGAGGAGAAUAGGUUAAAAAUGGAAAAUCUUUAUUUUUGUGAAAAAACUUUGACUUCAAAAUUUUAGAAAGUUUCGAUAUCAUGAUUUUAUAUUUUGAAAAAUCUUUCGAAAUGUUGAAAAACAAAAAAAAAUCUAUACAGACAAAUUGUUGAAAAAUUCCAAUUUUUCUAGGAAGUCUCGGCGUUCGGUUCAGAAUCCGAAAGCGAUUCCGGCGAUGAUUGGGUCGUUGUUUGCAACACCGAUGAUUGGAUCGAAAGUGAGCAAAUCAAAUUGCGCCACGUAGUAACCGGCUCAUAUUUAUCGCUUUCUGGACAACAAUUCGGGCGACCAAUUCAUGGACAAAGAGAAGUUGUUGGAACUUCAUCAAUUACAACUGGAAGUAGUUGGAAAGCGGCUGAAGGAAUUUAUGUUAAACAACAAAAUGAAUAG